CGAGUUGGGAGUGUGUCUGCUCCGCGUGCGAGUGUGUACGUACACCUACGUUCUCCCGUCCGACCCUCUCUCCGCGUUCAAGCGACGCUACGUCCGCCGUACGAGCGUCACCUGCGUCCACACCUUGACGUCGACGCCGCCACGUGAGCCUGCAAACGUCCACGACUCUUCCGAGCGGCAGAUUUGAGAACUGUUUUGUGUAGGAACGUUCAAAACUCGGAGAGCGAGUUACUAGUACCCCGUACGGGCCGUCCCGUAGCAGGGGGUUCAGUCCGCCCGCGAGCACAGCUGCUUUUUCACGGGAUUAUCGUGUUUCAAGCGACCCUGUCGUUAGACUUUCCUCGGGACGGCCAUGGCAACGCAGCCGAGCCCUCCUCUCCCCUCGCCCGGUCACGGGCUCAGCCCGCCGCCCGUCGCUUCACCUCUCGGGCUCUUCAAGCUGGACAAGCCGGCCUACAGCACACCACCGCCCGCCGAGAACACGCCUGCCAACAACGUCUGUCGGAUGAUCGACUACCGGGGCGCCAAGGUUGCAGCCUUCACUGUUGACGGGAGAGAAGUCAUCUGCCUCCCGCAAGCCUUCGACUUGUUCCUGAAGCACCUUGUCGGCGGGCUACACACCGUCUACACCAAGCUGAAGCGCCUGGACAUCACGCCGGUCGUCUGCAACGUAGAGCAGGUCCGGAUCCUUCGGGGCCUGGGCGCGAUCCAGCCGGGAGUCAACCGCUGCAAGCUCCUGAGCAAAGAAGAGUUCGACAUUUUGUACGAAGACUGCACAAAUUCCAGUAGCCGCCCCGGUCGACCGCCGAAGCGAGCUCAGCCGCCCCUGAUGCCCCCCCUCAUCCACGACCACAAAAAGAUGCACCUUGAAAAUGGAGACUUUGACUUCACAGGACACACACCUAUAGCUUUCCAACGUUUCUCCCCGUUAGGGAGCAAAUCGUCGGAUUUGAAAGCCGUGUCGGGGGACAAGACAUCCUCUUUAGUUUCCUCCAGUGGACUCCUUGCCAUUCCUCGCACCAUACCUACCUCAGGAGACAAAAACCACUUCCUACCCAACGGCCUCUCGGACCACCCGGUUUCCACGACGAUCGCCGGACUUCCCUUUAUGUUGCACGCGGCGGGGGCGAUCCCACAUUCCACGGCGUUCCUUAACGUACCUCACUCCCUUGCCGCCGUCUCCACGCAGUCCAGACUGCCCGAGUCGUCGGCCUCCGUCAUAAAAUUCGACAGAAAUGGCGCGGAAAGUGAGCAACUCUCCCCUAAUAGCACGACGGCGAACAGUGCGACCAAAGAGAAAAUGUCCCCGUCGAGAGAGAAGACUAGCUCGACCUCUCAGGACGAAGGGUCAAAGGGCAAGGAAGAGGGAACUGUGGGUACCACGCAAAAUGGUUUCCAUCUCCCUGCCUCGUCCAGUGUGCAUGCCAGUCAUUCUGGUCUCCAUGGCAACCUGGUGAUGAGCAAUGCCAUGUUAGGACUGACACCUGCAGGAAUCGUACCACCUGCCAGUGCUAGUGAGGGGGUGGCAGCCUCUGGUGUGGAGGGAUCCUCUGCAGAGGCUUUGAAAGAAAGGUUGACCACAGAUAGAAACUCCUUAGAAAGUCCGGACUCCCAUUCGGAGGGAAACCCCCCGCUGCAGAGUCUGGUUGGUAUGGCCCCCUUCCUGCCCGAGAACAUCUCCUCCACGGAGACUCUCCUCACCAACAUCCAGGGGUUACUCAAGGUCGCUGCAGACAACGCCAGGCAACAGGAGAAACAGGUCAGCAUGGAGAAAGCUGAGCUGAAGAUGGAGCUGUUACGAGAGCGGGAACUCAGGGAGGCCCUGGAGAAACAACUGGGGGAGGAGCAGAGGAGUCGAGCUGUCCUGCAAAAGAGGCUGAAGAAGGAGAAGAAGGCCAAGAGGAAAAUGCUGGAGCAGCUGGAGCAGGAGCAGCGCCGCCGCAUCCAGGCCGAGGACGGCGUCAAACAGACGUCCUCCGACAGUCUCAGGGUUCUCAACGAAAGCCUCUCACAAGAGCUGGAGGUGGAGAGGAAUGCCAGGACAGAUGCAGAGAGAAAACUACAAGAUGCACAGCUGUACUUCAAGAACCUUUCCUCUUGGUCAUCCCUCGUCAGCUCAUCCGAGUGAAGAAACUUGGGUCCUUCUUAAAGCUUGUACUGUCUUAAAGGAUGAGGUCUCAACCUUCCACGAAAAUGUCUGAAAAGUUUGCACAUUCUUACAGUAUUUUACAAGAUCUGCCCCCUAAGUGGUAGAUUUCAGAUUGAUUUUGAAUUGAUUUCAAAUUUAGGGAUUAUUGGAACUGGAAAAGAAGAAGGGGAACAAGAUUGAAUAGCCCACAAUUGAUUUAGUCGUUUGUUACAUAAUUUGAGUGUAGGCUGAAGAAAGUCUAGAAACAUUUGUACAUGUACGUGUAUUCCAAAACAGAAUCAAAUGCCCCCAAAUCUGAAACCUUGUACUUCUGUGCAAACUCUUCAGACAGGAUCCAGCAACUUUCCAUGCAGACAUAGAUCUUUGUCCUUCAUAUGUGCUCAAUUGUUCUUCUUUCAGAUGCACGACUUUAUUUCAAGAACUCUGUGCUUUUCAACGCGUAGAGACCACAACAGCCACAGCAUCAGCAAUCUUCACUCUCCACUCAGGAUAUGCAUGUUCACAUAUUUGAAAUACAUGUAUUCUGCUAUUAUAUGGAAGGACCUAACACCAAACCCAAACAGAAUGAUCUUUUGUGGGAGUAGCAAAUAUUGGGAUAAAUUGUUUUGUGGUAAAUCUAACAAACUACAUGUACAGUUGACUUCAUAUAUUAUUGUUCAAGUGGCUAGAUAUUGUAAAUAGGCCAUUUCUAGACAUGUGUAAUAAUGAGUGUGAAAAAAAUGUACCAAGUUGGAAAUAUCAUGCUGCCCAGUGCAAGAGUAGUCAAAGCAUUGGCACAAAAGCGCCAUCUAUCAGCAGGAGUUAGAACUACAGCCUGUUAGCACAAACCAUGAUCAGCAUAAUAUGGCUACUCAAACAUUUUACACCAAAGAUACUACAGCUCGUUCUUUUCUAUUUAUCUGAAAGAAGCAAUGACUUUUUAUGCAGUGGGUGAAAACUCAGGCAUCGGAGAAAAUUGGUCUUACUAAGAUGAGAAACAAGCAAACGAAGGGGCCGGUUUCUUUGCUUUGUUUGUCGUCCUUGGUCGACUUCAGACUUGUACAGUUGUAAAUGUGGUUGUAUUCUGUAGGCUGUUACUUGUGACACAACUACUGGCUUUUAACGGAGAGGGAAAAACAUAGGAGUUAUAUUUUUCUGCCCCUCCAUUUUAAAGCAAACAUAUAUUGGUAUUUGUCCUGAAAACAUGAUAGCAAAGCCGAUAUUUGGCUCUUUUAGAUGUUGUUGAAUGUCUUACAUAGCUAGGCAGACGAUAACCUAAACUGAAGAACUUUUGAUAAGAUGUGAUAGGAAAGUAGUGGACUUGUCCAAUAAAGUAGUAGAUGAAAAAUGUUUUUAUGUGACUUGUAAAAUGUACAAUGUGUUUGUAAAUGUAAAAUAAAAAAAGAGCAUGAUGUUUUUUUGUACAUAUAUUGUCUCUGGUUACUGGUAACACCCCCCAUGUGGAGCCAUAGAAAGCAUUGCCAGUCAGUAUUAAUGUGUUAAUAUUUGUAACAUGUAUCGUUUUCGGAUAUUUCUAAGUCUCCUUUAUGUUCAGAUGUCCUUAGACUGGGAGGUUGAAAGAAUGACACAAAAGCAAUCAAAUUCUAGAAGGUUCUUGGUUCUAGUCAACUCAGCGUAAAAACAGUGUUACUGUGUUUCGUAAAAAAGUGACACCCCUCUAUAUGUUUCAACACCCCCAUGUUCCGACAACCUUCAACCUCAAUAUUGUUGGAACAUACAUGUAGGGGUGUCAGUACUGUCAUAGAAGCAGUACUACUGUGUUAGCAUUAUUUUAAGAAACCCAUCUACAUUGUACAUGUAUGUAUGGCCUAUUAUAACCUCUUUUGUCAAGUCGCUUGAGUGGUGACUACAGGUUUGACUACUUUCUUGCGUGGAUGAGGAAAAAGGCAGUUACCGUAUGUUGAAGAAUGUAAGAAGGAAAAUCAUAAGCCUUGUUUGUAAAUAGGAAACUGUCGUGCUAUCCUACACUGUGUGCUUUAUACGUAUGUUUGUAAAGUUCUUGUAUAUUCUUCCUCAGCUUGUAAAUGUAGUGAAAUUAGAAAACUUUCAUGAACUGGCUACUGUUAACCAAUCAGAUGUGAGCAAAUGGUGUCAUUUAGGUCAGAUGUUGUUUGAUUUUUGUUUACAUGUUGAUUUCAUUGAAAUGUUGUUUGCAAAUAAAAUUGCACUGUUGCCAGAUACAACAGAUCUGGGCUAGUCUGAAAUAUAGCAGUAAAAGCACUGUCUUGUUCCAAAUACUGUUGUUUUUAGUUAUGGCUCCCAAGCAUUGUUGCAACCCAAAAA